AUGAGGAUAAAGAUCGGACUGGCGAUCCUGCCAGAACAUGCAAAAAAAAAAAAAAAAAAGACUUCCCAUGACUCGUACAUUGUAUUUUCGGGCGGUCUCCACAAAUUUAUUAGCAAUAGAAAAAUUGAGCAAAGAGAAAGAGAGAAGAUAUCGUUGUCACCAUAG